UGCCCCCCCGGCCCGGCCCGGCCCGGCCCCCUGUCCCCGGCCAAGGGCACGCAGACUGACGGGGGCAGGCGGACCGACAGAGACCGAUCCCGAUCCGGAUCCGGCCCAGUCCCCACCAGCACCAUGCGAGGCCUCCUGGUCUGCCUCCGCCCCUUCACCACCUCGGCCCGGCACCGCCUCAAGAACCGCGUGCCCGAGUACCAGAAGCUCUUCCAGGAGGACAGCGAGGUGCCCGUGCACCUGAAGGGGGGCCUCCGCGACACCCUGCUCUACCACCUCACCAUGGCCAUCGGCACCAUCGGCUGCUGCUUGGCCAUCGUGUACCUGGGCCAAGCCUCCUUCCCCCACAAGAAGCAGUGAGGAGCUGUGGGGGGCCGGGGGGGCCGGGGCCCGGGUCACAGACCCCCCCCGCCCCCCCCCGAGAUAUAAAUAAAGUGCCUUGAAGAA